GCCCCCGCCAUGGCCAGCAAGAGGAAGUCCACGACUCCUUGCAUGAUCCCCAGCAAGGUCAUACGGCCGGUAGAGGAGGCGGACCGGGACUCUCCGGGUCCUCUCCGUCAGUCCGGGGUUUCCAGACUGACUCCCCCGCCGGACCCGGCGGAGUCCUCCAAACUGGAGGCGCGGGACGCCGCGAGCGACGGCGCCGGCACUUACACCUGCAAGCCUUGCGACUACGAGACCCGCGACCUCAACCUGUUCCUGGACCACGUGUACUCGGGGCACCCGGACUUCCGCGCGGACCCGGGCUUCUUCUGCGUGAGCUGCGGGGUUUCCGCGCCCAAGUUCGAGGGGCUGGCGCUGCACAACGCCCGGGUCCACCCCAGCACGCUGAACACGUCUCUGCGGCUGCGGCGGAGGGACAGGCGAGCGGUGGUGGAGCAGACGCUGCUCUCGGGGCCGGACGGCGAGAUCUCCAUCACCAAAACCCCCAUCAUGAGGAUGCUGAAGGGCAAGUCGGAGUCCAAGCGGAUCGUGGUGUCUCACCCGGUCUCGGACGCCGUCUCCGCGUGCAGAGAGACGGAGAGGAAAGAGGCGGCGCCGGCGGUGACGGUCACACACGUUCCCACGAUCGUCCACAACGGGUCGGCCAAGGUCACGGUGCCCUCGGCGAUCCAGAUCGUCAACGGCUCCGGAGCGCUGCCGAUGCUCAAGACGCCCAUCACACAGGUGGUCUCGGUGGUUCAAAACAGAAGCCAUCAUCAAUCGACGCCGAUCACGGCAUCAAAUAUCUCCUCCGCUUCCUAUUCGACCUCCAAAAAUCUCCCCAAGGUGAUGAUUCCUCUGAGCAGCAUCCCGACCUACAGCGCCUCCAUGGACUCCUCCCCCUUCUUGAAGACCUCCUUCAGUAAGUUCCCGUACCCGACGAAGGCGGAGCUCUGCUACCUGACGGUGGUCACCAAGUUCCCCGAGGAGCAGAUCAAGAUCUGGUUCACGGCCCAGAGACUCAAGCAAGGCAUCAGCUGGUCUCCCGAGGAGAUCGAGGAGGCCAGGAGGAAGAUGUUCAACACCAUCAUCCAGACCGGACCCUCCAGCUCGCAUGGCCACGCCAACAGGCACCACAGCCCGGCCCAGCACACCAUCACGGUGCUGCCCGCGUCGCUGGGCGCCGCCGGCAUCCCUCACAUCCUGCAGGGCUCCCUCGUCAGCCAGGGGGGCGUGAUCGUCACGCAGCCCAUGCUGGCGAACGGGAUCCAGGUCAGCGGCGCCCCCGUGGCCCUGGCCGUCACGCCGAAGCCCCAGGCGGCGGCCCGCCCCACGAUGCACGCACGACCGGCCGCCACGGCGCCGGCGGCGGACAAAGGCGUCGCCGUGGUGGUGGGGACGGUGAGCAGCGGCGGCGGCGGGAGCCGCGUCAUCGCCGGCGGCAGUCGGAGCGGGAGAGCGGGCUCCAUCAUCACCAGCGGCCACGCCAGCGUCAUCAACCUCAGCCUGGGCAACGCCAAGGUCACCAACGGCAAACACGGCGCCGCCAACGCCGACUGCAACGACAAGAGCGACGUCCGCAGAGCGAGCGGCGGCGUCAUCAUCUUGAAGGGCGACCACAAAGGAGCCGCGGAGGGAAAGAACGCCGCGGACGGCGCCGACGGCCAGAGGAGGAAAGACGGCGGCGUCCUCAGGAAGAGGGCGAGCGGCGCCAACGCGGAGGACGUCGAGCCCGACACCGGCGACUCGCCGACCCUCGCGAUGGAGGAGGCGUCCUCGCCCGCCUCGAAGUCGUCCCCGGCGUCCCCCGCGGCGGCGGUGCCGCCGGGCGCCACGUCCGGCUCUCAGACGCCCAUCAACGCGUUCCUGGACCCGAGCUUCUACAAGGGCAAGAAGUCUCAGGAGCAGCUCAACGCGCUGAAGGACAGCUUCCUGCGCGGCCAGUUCCCCGACCAGGACGAGGUGGACCGCCUCAUCGCGCUCACGGGGCUCACGGUGCGCGAGGUCCGCAAGUGGUUCAGCGACCGGCGCUACCACUUCCGCAACCUCAAGGGGGUGCGCUCCGGCGUGCAGGGGAAGUCUGGGAGCGUGGCGGGCGGCGCCGAUCCGUCGGAGAGCGGCGGAAACGCGGGUGCCAAGACGCCGCAGCAGCACGGCUCCGCGCCGCUGAGCCCGACGCCGUCGCAGACCCCCACCUCGCCCUCCACGCCGUCCCGGAGACUCCCCAGACCCCCGUCUCCGGACUUCACGGCGAUCCGCUACAAGGAGAGGGAACCGCAUCAGGUCAAGGCGCUGGAGGCCAGCUUCCUGCAGGACCCGGACCCGGCGGGAGAGGAAGUGGACCGGCUGCGCUCCGAGACCAAGAUGACCAGGAGGGAGAUCCACGGCUGGUUCGCCGACAGGAGGAAGCGAGUGGCCGCCGAGAAAAAGAAGGAGGAGGCGCAGCAGCAGCGGGCGAUGAGGGAGGAGGAGGCGGCGGACGGGGAGGAGCGGCAGAAGGAGGACGGCUCGGGAGAACUCAAAGUCAACCCCAUCAAGAUCAACCUGAAGAUGCUCAAGGUGACGGAGGCCAACGGGGAGGCCUCGGACACGCCCGCCUCCCCGGGCGGCACGCCGCCCUCCGCCCCGAAAGCAGCGCCGCCGCCGCCGCGCUCCUCCACCCCGAAGCCCGCGGCCGUCCGGGGGAAGAAGACGGCGGAGCAGCUGCAGGCGCUCAAGCAGGUCUACGCCCGCACGCAGUGGCCCAGCGCCGCCCAGUACGACGACAUGCUCUCGAACACCGGCCUGGCCCGGCCCGAGGUGGUGCGCUGGUUCGGAGACUGCCGCUACGUGCAGAAGAACGGCCAGCUGAAGUGGCUGGAGGCGUACCAGACCUCGGCGCUGGAGGAGGACCUCCAGAAGGGGAACGCCGGGGAGGUCCUGCAGGCCCACUACGACGCCCACGGCAGCCCAGAGGAGUCCCAGCUUCAGGAUUUGGCUCAGAGCUGCGGCUCCACGGCGGACUUGGUGCGACAUUGGUUCUCCACCAAGGCGUCUCCACCCCGGCUGGAACCAACAACAACAACAACAACAACAACGACGACGACAACAACAACGGCCGCUGCUGCUCACGAGAAGGAACCAAGACCCGUCGCACCGAGCGCAGGGGGAGGGGCGGAGGAGGAGAAGAAGAAGAAGGAGGAGGAGGAGAAGAAGAAGGAGAAGGUGGAGGAGGCAGAAGAGAAGGAGGCAGCGGGGGAGGAGAAGAAGAAGGAGGAGGAGAAGGAGGAGGAGAAGAAGGCAUGCGGCGUCGCAACAGAAGCUGAGGAGCUCAACAUCCUCAAGACUGUGAAUCCCCCUGAAGGAACCGACUGACUGGAGCCAUCCUCGCCCACCUCUCCCUCUGCGCCUCACCCCCUAGAGGGAGGCAUGAGGCAUGACCCCUCCCCACCCCCCCACCCCUCCCUGAGUGAGAUGGACACUAAAGCCACUAACCUCCCCCCCCUCUUCCCUCCUCCAUACACCCACUCCCCCCUUCCUGUUCGCCAUUUUCCUCUCAGAAGGAAGUUCCAGUGGAGGCUGACAGGGGGGGUGACACCAUUUCUCUGCCUACUGUGACGGGAGAGAGGAGGAGGAGGAGGAGGAGGAGGAGGAGGAGGAGGAGG